AUGGGGUGGAGGUGGGGUCAUGGCCGGGGGUUGAGGAUGGAGAUGAGUUGGGUUGGUAGAGGGGGCCGAGCCCGUGGUCGGUGGUUUGGGCUUCGUGUGUUGUUUGGUGUAAGUGAAGGGGUAAUGGGUUAUGGGUUUUGGGUUGGUGGUGUUGGUUAUGUAUUAAAUUUGUGGGUGGGAAUUGUUGCUUGUUGUGGCGACGGACGAGGCUGCUUUUAUUCGGUGUGGGAUGUGAGCCGAGCUGAUUUUACUCGUUGUUUGGGGGACCCAUUUGACGAGGCACGGUGA